AUGGCCUCUUCUGCCAAACGGAGGGCGGUGGGUUUAGGGGAGAAUCCCGGGGAGAGGGACCACAGCUCGGAUGAAGAAUCAGAGGAGUCCGCGGGGUCUGGAGAAGAUGAGAGUGAAGAUUCUGAGGAGGAAAUCCACGAGGAGGUGAUGGUGGACUUUGAGGCCCACAGCAUCACACACAGUGACUUCAGUGGGAUAAAGAAGCUCCUGCAGCAGCUGUUCCUCAAAGCUCACGUCAACACAGCGGACCUCACCGACCUCGUAAUCCAGCAGGCCCACAUCGGCAGCGUGAUCCGGCAGGCAGAGGUCCCCGAGGACAGUGAUGACGAAGACCCUGACCAAGUGUUCGGCUUCAUCUCCAUGAUCAACCUCACAGAGAGAAAGGGCGUUCAGUGUGUGGAGGAGGUGAAGGACCUCCUCCUGGACCAGUGCCAGAGGAGCAGCUCAGCAGCAGACAGUGAGGAGCUGGAGAAGCUUCUCUCAGACCAGAACAGGUCUGUGGGCCUCCUGCUGAGCGAGAGGUUCAUCAACGUCCCUCCUCAGAUCGCCCUCCCCCUGCACAAGCAGCUGCAGGAGGAGAUGGCGGAGGCUCAGCGCACCAACAAACCCAGCGGUCGGUGUCACUUUUGUCUGAUGAUCAGUAAAACCUGCAAAGAAACCUCCAAGAACAACAGCCGCGGAGACAAGGACCAGAUCCUGUUUGUGAACGCAGAGGAGGAGUUCUUCUAUGAGGAGGCAUCGUUAAAGUUCCAUUACUCGGUGGAAGGGGAGACGGACUCGUGCCUCAGCGGUCGAUGGUCGUUUGAUGAUGUUCCCAUGAAACCGUUCAGAACCGUGAUGGUGAUUCCUAGUGAGAGGCUCCCAGUGAUCAUGGACAAACUCAGAGAACACCUCACCCUCUGA